AUGGUCCUCCACAACCCGAACAACUGGCACUGGGUGAACAAGGACGCUUCAUCCUGGGCCAGACAGUAUCUUGAGAACAACCUCGUCGGCAUUGCCGCGGAAGACAACGGCAUCGCUGCAAAUAUCUCCAAAGUACUGACUAUGGACGGCGAUGUGGAUGUCAGCCAAAGAAAGGGCAAGGUCAUCACAUUGUUCGAUGUUAAGGUACAGCUUGAGUAUGAAGGUAAGACCAAGGACGAUGAACUGGUUAGCGGCUCUAUCACCAUUCCUGAGGUUGCCCACGACACGGAGGAGGAUGAGUAUGUCUUUGAGAUCGACAUCCACUCCGAAUCUCCCUCGAAACAACCCGUAAAGGACCUUGUCCGUUCCAAGAUCAUCCCUCAACUCAGACAGUCGCUGGUCCAAUUGUGCCCACGCCUGAUUGAGGAGCACGGAAAGGACCUUCAGCACGCCCCUGGUGUCAACCCAUCCAGCGGAUUCAAGCCUGCUACCAGCUACCCCCAGGUCAAGAAGGAAGCCCCGGCCUCAACCACUACCACCACCACAUCAUCCAACACGAAGGUUGCCGUUAACACCACCACCGUGACCGCGUCAGAUGAGUUCCGCACCACCGCCGAGGAAUUGUACAGCACCUUCACAGACCCGCAGCGCAUUGCCGCAUUCACCCGCGCUCCCCCUCGCCAGUUCGAGGGCAGCAAUGUUGGCGCAAAGUUCUCCAUCUUCGACGGCAAUGUCGUCGGCGAAUACUCGAAACUCGAGCCUCACAAGUUGAUCGAGCAGAAGUGGCGUUUGGCCCAGUGGCCCGAGGGCCACUUCAGUACUCUGGAGAUCAACUUCGACCAGAACGACAUGGACGGUGUUACUCAGAUGCGGGUUACCUGGACCGGUGUCCCUGUUGGCCAGGAAGAUGUCACCAAGCAGAACUGGGAAGUGUACUAUGUGCGCAGCAUCAAGCAAACUUUUGGGUUUGGCACAAUUCUCUGA